AUGGCGGACCGUAUCGCGAGCCAACCUGGCCCAUCGACUCCUCCCUCCACCGUGGACGCCCGCACCAUCGUGAACGAGUCGGAGGGUGACCGCACACGCGAUGUGCUCGCGCUGGAACGAUCAGUCAUGGCUGGAGGUUCACCAUACCACAUCGGAACAGAUGGCGAGGCCGGAACCCUUGAGAAACGCAUGACAGUGGACUUUGGCGAUGGCCCUGAAGAGGUCAUCAUGGUCGAAUGGUUGCCUGAUGAUCCAGAGUGCCCGUUCAACUGGUCAAGGUCUCGCAAGGUCGUCACCGUCUUUUGCACAUGCUUUUUCGCGGCCAUCACAUGCUUCAACGCUACCAGUGUGGGCGUGAUUGCCACCUGGGCCAUCCCAUGGUUCCACACUGACCAGGUGGGGUUCAUGCUCUCGCUACUGGUCUACCUCAUGGCUGUGGCAUGGACACCGCUUAUACUUGCACCAUUGAGCGAGCUGUUUGGGCGUAACCAGAUCUACAUCUACGUUGGCGGGCUCUUUGCAAUCUUGUUCAUCCCUCAAGCCCUUACACGCAACUAUUCAGCUAUCCUAGCCACGAGGUGGUUUCAAGGAAUGGCGGCUAGUGUGGCCAACAGCAUGGUGGGAGGCACCAUUGCCGACAUCUACCGCGCCGAGUCACGGGGUGUGGGCAUGAGCGUCUUUUCUUUGGCCAUCUUUGCUGGUCAGUCCCUCGGAUCCGUCAUCUUCGCCUGGGUGGGCCAAAUCCUCGGCAUGAAGUGGGUAUACGGCAUGCAAGCCAUCUUUUCUGGUCUCUCCCUGGCCCUCAACCUGGCCUUGCUGAAGGAGACCCGCGGCAGUGUGCUCCUCCAACGCAGAGCCAAGCGUCUUACCAAAAAGACUGGAGUCAAGCAUCUCUGCGCCUCGCAGUUGGAGAAGAAGACACUCCUGGAGAUGGUCAAGGGCUCAGCAAUCCGCCCGUUGCAAUACCUUUUCACCGAACCAAUCGUGUCGGCCAUCUCUCUGUGGAUCGGCUUUGCCUGGGGUGCCAUCUUCCUGGGAACGUCUAGCACCCUCUUGGUGUUUGCCCAGUACACCGACAACGUUGGUCUGCAGGGAACCGCCGAGAUUACCAUGCUCGUCGGUGCCCUUCUGGGCUUCCUGUCCAACUUUCACAUGGAGAGCAUCUAUCGUCGUGCAGGAGCAAAGUCACCAACGGGACGCGCCGCGCCUGAAGUGCGGCUCUACUGGGCCGCAAGUGGCGGCUUACUGUUCCCUCUGUCCCUCUUUGUGUACGGCUGGACAGGCCGACCAGAGAUCCAUUGGAUCGUCCCUGCCAUCUUCCUCAGCUUGAGCAACUGGGGCAUCUUUGUCAUGUACAGUGGCGUUUUCAACUACCUCGCCGAUGCGUACGAGAUGUACAGCUCGUCCGCCCAGGCGUCCCAGUCGUUCACCCGCAACAUCUUCUCGUCCACGCUGCCGCUGUGUGCCCACAAAAUGUACACCAGCAUGGGCUACGCCAAGGCGAGCACCAUGGUUGGAGCCAUUGGACUGGUGUUGGCCAUCACCCCCUUUGCCAUUAUCAAGUACGGCCCCAAGCUGCGUGCAAGGAGUAAGGUUGCCAGAGCUAUUGCAUCGGGUAAAAUACAGUAA